UAUUUUCCAGCGAAAAAUUUCUUUCCCGGCGUUGAGUUUGAAAAAGAGAGGAAAAUUGUUUACCUCGAAUUCUGCAACAUGGAAUAUUGAUCAAGCAGAGCGCUCUCUCUCUCUCUCUCUCUCUCCGACCUAUUGUCUCCGCACUGAUCACAGGUCCAUCUCAUACCCCUCAUCCCUGUGCUCUUUCUUCCGAAAUCGGGUCGCCAACUCGACCCAUUUCUCCGAUCUCAAACAAACCCUAACUCCAGAAAAGAAAUGGAUGAUACUUGUGCUGUCUGUGCUGAGACGCUCGAGUGGGCCGCAUAUGGGCAAUGUGGACAUCGUGAAGUCUGCUCCACCUGCAUUGCUCGUCUCCGGUUCAUUUGUGAUGAUCGCCGCUGUUGCAUUUGCAAGUCUGAGUCCAGUAUUGUUUUUGUCACCAAGGCUUUAGGAGAUUAUACGAGAAUGAUAAAUGACUUCUCCAUUCUUCCAGUUGAUCCAAUGGAGGGUCAAGUUGGGCCCUUUUGGUAUCAUGAAGGCACACAAGCUUUCUUUGAGGAUUUUGAUCACUAUAAGAUGAUCGCUGCAACGUGCAAGCUUUCAUGCGUUGUUUGCGACAAGAAAGACGAGCAAGGCAGUGAAGGCUCAGUAAGGAGGAUGAAAUUUAGGAACAUUGAGCAGCUGAAGAGCCACUUGUUCCACCAUCAUAGGCUGUUCACGUGCAUUCUUUGCUUGGAAGGCAGGAAGAUGUUUAUAUGUGAACAGAAGUUGUAUAGUAGAACACAACUGAAACGGCAUAUAAGCAUUGGUGACUCUGAGGUUGAUGGUAGUGAAAGUGAAAGAGGUGGUUUUAAGGGACAUCCUACGUGUGAGUUUUGCCAAAAUCCCUUUUAUGGGGAUAAUGAGCUGUAUACUCAUAUGUCUACCGAGCAUUAUACUUGUCACAUAUGCCAAAGGCAGCGGCCGGAACAAUAUGAUUACUACAGAAACUAUGAUGAUUUGGAGAUACAUUUUCGUCGAGAACACUUCUUAUGUGAGGAUGAGGCCUGCCUUGCUAAAAAGUUCAUUGUAUUUCCAAAUGAACCUGAGAUGAAGAGGCAUAAUGCGAUGGAACACGGAGGGCACAUGUCUCGGUCUAAGCGUAAUGCUGCUCUUCAGAUACCAAUAAGCUUUCAGUACCGGAGAAGCAGGGAGCAGGAUCAAACCAGAAGAAGACAUGGCCUUCAUCCCGACUAUUCUGAAAGUGAACUUUCUUUGGCCAUUCAAGCCAGUCUUGAGACCACCAAUGCCUAUGUACCUCGUGCUACUUCAUCCAGGGAUUCCGACCACAGAGAAACCAGUGAAAUCGAUCCAAUUGGUGGGUCAUUUGGUAUAGCUAGUGUAGAUUCUGGUUCCUCUUCAAGCAAUGCACCAUUGGAAGAAUCCUCAUUUCCUCCGCUCCCUGUGGCUGCAAGAAGCAGUCUCCAGAAAACCAAGAAGGACUCAAAAGGGAUGGGCCGCACUUCAAUGGCUAGUCACCUUCGUCGCCAGAACAAUGUAACUGUCCUUAAUACAUCUCAGGUUCGGCCAACAGCUACUCGCCACCUGUCCUCACACAUAGGAAGCUCUUCCCAGCUAAGACCUAUGUCAAACUCUGGACAUGUUUCAUCAUCUGGGUCAUCCAGUUCAUCGACAAUGACGAAAAGUACCAGUAAGGACACUCAUUCUGCUUCUACUUCAAUACUUGUGGAUGGAGGUUCCCUAGACCGUGCUAUAUCUACCAGUCCUCCUGUUUCCAUAACAGAUUCUAACAUAUUGACAGGAAACAAUAAGAAUUUAGCUAAGGUCGAAGACAUUAAGAAUGCUAACAAAUCUCUGGUGGAGAGAAUCCGUGCCGAUUUAGAAUGCGACAAAGACAGAUACGCCGCUUUCAAACUGAUAUCUUCAGAAUACCGCCAGGGUAUAGUUGACACUGGGGAAUAUCUUGCAUAUGUGCAUCAAUUUGGGCUAUCGCAUCAUGUCCUUGAGCUGGCUAGACUAUGUCCUGACGCUCAGAAGCAAAAAGAGCUUCUUGAAGCUUGCAGUGGCAGUUCGAGAAGCAAUGGUCCUCUGGAAAACAACCCCUUAAAUAGCAGCAGCCAAGUGAGACACAAAAAGAGUUCAAAAAAAGGGAAAGAGAAGUGCAAAGAUGUUGGGAUCGGUGGUUCAAAUGGUACUUUGGUGGAUAGCAUUGUAAACAGUGCGAGGGAAUUGCAGUUCAAUCACAAGCCUUCCAAAAAUGAUGAACCAACCAAUUUAGUUUCUGGCAAUCAGACCUUAUUCGGAAUGACGGUCCAAACACACUCUCAGUCAACUGUUGAUGGCUCUAAGAACACUCUAGGGACGAAGGCAGGAGGGAAUAAGCCGCGCAAGAAAACUUCAAAAUUCCAUAGGGUUCGGGUGGGUGAGAGUUCAUCUGCAGCAGUUCUGGAUCUUACAAAUUCUGAUGGUCGUCCUGAUCCGACAGAUAAAGGACAAUCAGAUGACAAUACUCGUGGUGGUUUGGAGGCUUUGCCAGUUCGAGGAGCUUGGAAGAAUGGGGGAGGCAAGAGACUAGUUGGCAAAUUGGGGAUGACCAGGUGAGUACCCAGAACUUUUUACGAGUUUAGCUUUGACAACUGCUAGUUUGUGAAUAGAAUGGAAAAAAGAAGCUAGUUUUAGGACGAGUAGUGCUCUUUCUUACGGUUGUAGCAAAAUAUGUGUUUAGAAGUGUUUCUCCCCUCUUCCCUCAGAACUCAAAAACCCUUUCGGUUUAUAUAGGGGAUUGGCCAUCUUUGUUUACUCUUUUUGUUGCUUGCUGGAUAAUACGGUUUACUUACUGGGAGGAAUGGGAAGUUAAUAGAAAUGUUUCUUUUGGGUACAA